GUGCGAGACGUCGGUCAUCCCCUUCCUUGCCCCGGGGCUGCCUGACCUCACCUCUCCUCUCUUCCAGUCUCCUCUCCGCUUUAUUGCACAUCGCCCGCGAAUUCCUAGACCCAAAGCGACCAACCACCUUGUCCAGUCAUCCUCUCCCCCGCGCGAUCCAGCCCAACGGCGACACCGCCGGCGCGCGCCUGCCCUAACCACCGCCCGGAUCUGGGAGCCGCCGCCGCCGCUCCCUCUCAUGGUCCCCGGCGGCGGCCGCCGGCGCUGCUGAGAUGCGACGCGACGCGCCGCCACCACCCACCGCCCCCUCAGCCUCCUCUUCCUCCUCGUCGUCACCCCUCUUCGGCGGCGGCGGCGACCAGCUGUUCGAGUCCGGGCCCAGCCCGCUCGUCUUCCUGCCCCUGCUCCUGAUCCAGGGCGGCGGCAUGGACCUCUCCCGCGUCGGCGAGAAGCUCCUCAGCUCCGUCCGCUCCGCUCGUUCCCUCGGCAUCAUCCCCCCGAUCCCCGCCGCGCUCUCUCCUCGCCCCGAGGUUCCAGAACGAGCCGCUGCGGCGGCAGCUGCUGCACGUGCGAUCGCGGGGUUGCCACCACAUGAGAGAAUCAACCUGCCGUCCAAUUCGGAGGACUUGGUCUCCAUAUACGGGAGCAACCCACAGGGGGAGCCCGUGGAGGAGCUCGAGGAGGUGUUUUAUGAGGAGGAGUUCGAUCCAAUAAAGUACAUUCUGCAAAGCAUUCCAGAAGAAGGCGGUGAUGCCACCUAUUUUGAUAAGCAGUCUACUUUGAGAUUAGCACAACUUGAUAAGAUUGCGGAACGAUUAUCACAUCAUGUUAUGGGCCACCACGAAGAAAUGGUGAAGGGGAUGCAAUUAGUGAUGGAACUAGAACAAGACUUAAAGGUUGCAAAUGUUAUAUGCAUGAAUGGACGAAGGCAUAUAACCUCUUCAAAGAAUGAAGUGUCAAGGGAUCUGGUUGUCAAUGUAAAAUCAAAGAAGAAACAAGCUUUGCUGGAUGUUCUUCCUAUUCUUACAGAGCUUCGUCAUGCACUAGACAUGCAGAUGGAACUUGAAACUUUUGUUGAUAAAGAAAAUUACUUUCAGGCAUUCCAAUUAGUGCCUGAGUAUUUGCAAAUUUUGGAGAAUUAUUCAGGACUUUCUGCUGUACAAGAAAUGGGACGAUGGAUCGAGGCAUGGUUAGCUCGAACGAUCCAAAAGGUGGACACCCAUUUACUUGGUGUUUGUCAGAUUUUCAAUGAAGAGAGCUAUCUGACUGCUGUUGAUGCAUACGCACUGAUGGGUGAUGUCAGUGGCAUGGCUGAAAAGAUGCAAAGUUUCUUCUUGCAGGAAGUACUCUCUCGGACACAUUGUGUCCUGAAAGAAAUGUUAGAAGAGGAGGUUGGAAAUAAUACGCAGAGAAAUAGGUUUACAUAUAGUGAUCUUUGCGUUCAAGUUCCUGAGCCCAAACUUCGCCCCUGCUUGUUGAGAACCCUUGAGACCUUAUUUUCAUUGAUGUGCUCAUAUUAUGCUAUUAUGAGCUUUUCCCAAGGAGAUAAGAAUAUUGAGUCCAAGGGCCCAGAUCUAGCAGACAAGAAUGACACAUCUCAGAAUAGUGAUGAAAUUUUAGUCGAUUCAGGAAGGGGUCAUUCAAGUGCAGCAGUCAUUCAGGAUGGUUCCGCAGCUGAAAAAAGUGACAGAGCAUCAUCAUCCGAGGUCAGCAAUCCUGAUGCUAGUACAUCAGGAACGGAUUCUCCAUUCUAUCAGCUGAGGACAGAUGCUACAAAACUUGUUGCACAAACGUUUCAAAGAGGAAGAAGAAAUCUUUGGCAGCUGGCAACAAGUCGCUUAUCUGUUUUACUAUCUAGUUCGGCUGUUUGUUCAACUAGUAUAUACCAAUUCCUGAAAAACUAUGAAGAUCUUACCAUUUUCAUUUUGGCUGGUGAAGCAUUUUGCGGGUUUGAAGCUAGUGAGUUCCGCCAGAAGUUGAAGACUGUCUGUUUGAACUACGUGGUGUCUUUUCACUGGCAAAAUAUAUAUGCUCUUAAGAUGGUACUGGAAAAGGAAUCUUGGACAAUAAUGUCUGCUGAAGCUUCGCAGAUAAUUAGUUUAGCUGGCCUAACUGGUGAUGGUGCUGCACUGUGCUCUCCUACCAGUAGAAGUUCCAAGUUGCCAAUGAAUUCUUUCCAUGGGAAUUCAACUACAGCCAAUUCAGGGAAGCAAAGGCUUGGAUUUGCUUCUUGGCUUAAGAUUGAAAAUCCAUUUUCUAUUAAGCUGGAAAAUGGCUCUGCCGAAUCCCCAAAGUACAAUGUGCUUUUCAACUCAUCAGUUAACAAUAAUCAUGGCAAUGGAAAUAAUUCAUCUCUGGAUGAGGAGAAUGAAGACCUUCUAGCGGAUUUCAUUGAUGAAGAUAGUCAGUUGCCUAGUAGGAUACCGAAAACGAAAAUUGUAAAAGGCAAUUCUUCACAUUGGAAAGAUGGAGACAUUUCAUCGCAGACAGGCUCGUCACUUUCUCUACUAAGGAUGAUGGACAAAUAUGCCAGGCUAAUGCAAAAGCUGGACAUUGUCAAUAUUGAUCUUUUUAAGGGUAUCUCUCAACUGUUUGGCAUCCUUUAUCAUUACAUAUAUGAGACAUUUGGGCACCAAGACAGGAGUCAAAGCAGCAAGCCUUUACCAGAUCAUCAAUCAUCUCGGCUUAAAGCCGCAUUAUCAAAAAUUUCACAAGACUCUGAUCAGUGGACAAAACCACAGAAUGUUUCAUAUUCACCUUCAUCCCCUUUGUCAAUGAAUUCAACUUUUGGUCAAAUGGAUGUGAUGCCUACUGCGCCUCCCAGUUCAAUGUUCACUUCCUAUGGACUAAAGGAGAGAUGUGCAGCUGCUGAAACAGUAUCAUUGGUUGCUCGAGUUUUGAACAGAUCUAAAGCCCAUCUACACUCAGUGUUGUCUAAAAAUAACACUUCUGCUGUUGAAGAGUUCUAUAGGGUGCUGGUGGAUUCUGUUCCAGAUUUGACUGAGCAUAUUCACAGAAUGAGUGCACGGAUGCUUUUGCAUAUUGAUGGGUAUCCAGAGAAGAUUGCAAACGCUAAAUGGGAGGUGAAGGAGCUUGGAAUAGAACACAAUGGAUAUGUUGAUUUGUUAUUGGGUGAGUUCAAACACUACAAAACAAGACUGGACCAUGGAGGAAUUUCUAAGGAGCUGCAACACCUGUUGAUGGAGUAUGGCAUAGAGAGCAUAGCAGAAGUCUUAGUGGAAGGUCUCUCGAGAGUGAAACGGUGCACUGACGAAGGGCGUGCAUUGAUGUCUCUUGACCUGCAGGUACUAAUUAAUGGGUUGCAGCACAUUGUAUCAGCAAAUGUAAGGCCGAAGCUGCAAACUGUGGACACUUUCAUAAAGGCCUACUAUUUGCCGGAGACCGAGUACGUUCACUGGGCACGGUCUCAUCCAGAAUACAGCAAAAGUCAGGUAGUCGGGUUGGUUAACCUGGUGGCCACCAUGAAAGGGUGGAAACGGAAGACGAGACUAGAAACUGUCGAGAAGAUCGAGGCGGCUCCGUAGACUCCAUGGAAGGUUUUGCUGUGAUUGAUUUUGUUUUGUUUGCUUCAACUACUGCACAUAGAGCUGUAUGUUUCUCCUCAUUCUCUCUAUUUUUUCCUCCCUCCUUAUUUAGAAUCAUUUUUGUCGAUUCUUUCACCUUCUGGCCAUUUUGAUGCUAACCCCACCACCAUCAGGCCAUCGCCCGCCCAUCCAUGGUGUGUAUUUAAGCGACGACACCUUUGUAUCAUAUUAUCAAGCUGGUGGCGGCGAGUUGCCAUUUACCUAAAGGAAAAAAAGAACUGUGUAGUACAUCUUACACGGAGCAUUGGCUCAAUAAAUAUGAUGAAUAGUUUCAUAAACACCGCACUCACUCUCAACUCUCAAGGAUACCGUGCGUCACUGUAGCCUUCCGCAGAUGGCUUGAAUGGUUGCACGAAUGCGUCGCAGAUAGUGUACAAUUAUUGGUAAUGCUCUGGUAUUCAUUGAGCCAUUCAGGCCUCCUCCAACUGCCAGCUUAGAGAUAGCUGGGAUUGUAUUUUAUUCACUCUACGAUGUAAAAAUCUUGAGACUGUCUCUAUCCGGCGAAUAGCUCUAAGCUAUUUGUGUGU